GGUGAAAUGGCAGGAGUUCAGCUGCAGAGAGAAACCUUGUCUUGUUCCAUCUGUUUGGAUCUUCUGAUGGAUCCUGUGACUCUUACCUGUGGACACAGCUUCUGUAUGAACUGUAUUAAAGACCACUGGGACUCAGAGGAGCAGAAGAGGAUCUACAGCUGCCCUCAGUGUAGAAAGAUCUUCAUGCCAAGGCCUGAACUGUUAAAAAACGUCAUGUUAGCAGAUUUAGUGGAGGAGCUGAAGAAGACUGGACUCCACGAUGCUCCUGCUGAACACUGCUAUGCUGGAGCUGAAGAUGUGGCCUGUGAUUUCUGCACUGGCAUGAAACUGAAAGCUCUCAAGUCCUGUUUGGUUUGUUUGGCCUCUUACUGUGAGGAACAUCUCCAGCCUCAUCAUCAAUCACCUGCAUUUAAGAAGCACAAGCUGGUGGAGCCUUCCAAGAACCUCCAGGAGAACAUCUGCCCUCGUCAUGAUAAGAUGAUGGACUUGUUCUGCCGCACUGAUCAGCAGUGCAUCUGUUCUCUCUGCUGUGUAGACGAACAUAAAGACCACGACACGGUCUCAGCUGCAGCAGAGAGGACGCACAAGCAGAAAGACCUAGAUCUGAGUCGAGAAGAAGUCCAGCAGAGACUCCAGGACAGAGACAGAGACGUGAAGGUGCUUCAACAGGAGAGGAAGACUCUCACUCUCUCUGCUGAUAAAGCCAUGAAGGACACAGACGAGAGCUUCACUGAGAUGAUGGGUCUCCUGCAGAGGAGAAGCUCUGACGUGAAGCAGCAGAUCAGAUCCAAGCUGGAAACUGAGGUGAGACGAGUCAGUGACGCCGAGGAGAAGCUUCAGCAGGAGAUCACUGAGCUGAAGAAGAGAGAAGCUGAACUGAAGCAGCUCUCACUCACACACGACCACAACCAGUUUCUCCUCAACUACCGCUUACUGUCAGCACUCAGUCCAUCAUUGUCCACCAUCAACGUCCGUCCUCUGAGACACUUUGAGGAUGUGACAGAGGCUGUGGCAAAGGUCAGAGGUCAACUGCAGGACUUCCUGACCAAGACGUGGACAGACAUCUCACUGGCUGUGGCUGAAGUAGAUGUUUUACUGCCAGAACCAGAACCAAAGACCAGAGCUGAAUCCUUCAGAUAUUCACAGGAAAUCACACUGGAUCCAAACACAGCAAACAAAUAUCUGUUAUUAUCUGAGGGAAACAGAAAAGUGACAGUAAUGAAGAAAGCUCAGACUUAUCCUCAUCACACAGACAGAUUCACUGUUUAUCAGGUCCUGAGUAAAGAGAGUCUGACUAGACAUUGUUACUGGGAGGUGGAGCGGACAGGAAGAGGAAAAGUUAAUGUAGCAGUGACGUACAAGAACAUCAGCAGAUCAGGUCCAGAAUGUGUUUUUGGAAACAAUGACAAAUCUUGGGCUUUAGUUUGUGAACAAAACAGAUGUCAGUUUGGUCACAACAGAAUCUGGACUGACGUCUCAGAUGUUACAGUCUCCAGAGUGGGAGUUUACCUGGACCACAGAGCAGGUCUUCUGUCCUUCUACAGAGUCUCUGACACCAUGACUCUGCUCCACAGAGUCCAGACCACGUUCACUCAGACUCUCUAUGCUGGAGUUUAUCUUUAUUAUUCACCUGGAGCCACAGCAGAGUUCUGUGAACUCAAAUAA